GAACGUCUUUCCCUAACCCUUCAUCUCUCCCAAAGGCAAAAAGGUGGGACCUAUCAAUCUCUCAUGAUCGUCUUCGUCAUCAUCAUGAGAUGAUUCAAGUCUACGGUUCCUGUUUUCCUCCGUAUGCCAUACGUAUGAUCUUCGUUUGAAUUUUACUGAGACAACGGACAAACACUACAUGUCUUUCUUUCAUCGUGAAGAAUGGGAUUAGGUGCUAUAGUUUUUUCUCGCCCUCCGAUUCAAAAGUCUCUCUUUCUCAAGCACGGCGAGAAACCUUCCGAUAACCUUUUCAACCGGCCUCUACGGGAGGUGGUGUUUGACUUUUUCACUCAUUGGGAUUUGCUGUUGAGGUUAAGGAAGGUCAGGUUCUGAAUAGUGAUCAAACAUUGCUCUGUUUUAUCGUUUCUGAAUGUGAAUGGGCUCUAACGAGCUUCAUAGGUUUCCGUCCGCGAAUGGAACUGAAAUCUACUCAUCCUUAUUCGGUCUUCAUUGGUUCGACUGGGUUUUUCAUUUCUUUGAGGGGAAAAUUUGAAACCUGUUCAUUGUUCAUCUGCUAAUUGCUGUCUGGUGAGAGCUUUGUGAUUUGUGUAAGUAUUAUUCAAGGAGCAGUGCGUGUUUGGUUGUUUUGAGCCUUUUUCUCUGCCGGAGAUUCAUACGCAUCGGUAUAUUAGGGCUUGGAGGAAUCACACGGAGAAUAAGAAAUAAAAUGGAAGAAGAUACCACUUCAUGGAUAAGGAGGACGAAAUUCUCUCACACUGUGUGCCACCGAUUGGACUCUUCGAGAUUGACCUCGAUUCCUCUCUGCAUUGAGUCUGAAGUCAUCUCGGGUCUCAAAUCCAGGCCUACAGUUUCUUUCAAUCUGAACCAUGCCUCUGUUGAUCCUACGAUUCUUGAAAAUCCUUGUGUGAGAAAGCUGAGAUCUGUGUCUCCUUCACCGGAAACCUCCCUCUGUGACACCUUCCGCGAAGCUAGGCAUGAACAAAAGAGGUUCUCAACUCCGGGUCCUCGAGGGAAAGAAAAUCACGAAAAAAAGAUCAUGAGGAAGGUCUCGAAAAAGGAAUCCCGAGAGGUCAAAGCAUCCAAGUUGAGAUCGCCAUCUCGAAGUCCGAUCUUGUCGAGCUCGAAAUCUAGCGAUAACCUGAAGAGUCGGAAGGAAUCAACCUGGACCAAGUAUUUUGACCAUGGCGGAGGAAGAGUUACUGCCGUGGAAACUGCAGAAGAAUGGACGGUUGACCUCUCUAAGCUCUUUGUUGGGCUUAGGUUUGCUCAUGGGGCUCAUAGCCGACUCUAUCGCGGUAAUUAUAAGGAUGAGCCUGUUGCAGUGAAACUUAUUAGGGCACCAGAUGAUGACGAGAGUGGUUCCAUGGCUGUUCGCUUAGAGAAACAGUUCAUCAGAGAAGUCACUCUUUUAUCUCGUCUCCACCAUCAAAAUGUUAUAAAGUUUGUAGCAGCUUGCAGAAAACCACCCGUUUUUUGUGUCAUCACGGAGUUUCUGUCAGAGGGUUCUUUAAGGGCAUACUUGCAUAAGUUAGAGCACAAAGCUGUUCCUCUAGAAAAGCUAAUGGCUUUUGCUCUAGAAAUUGCCCGCGGAAUGGCAUAUAUACACUCUCAAGGUAUCAUACAUCGGGACCUUAAACCAGAGAAUGUACUUAUCAGUGAAGAUUCUCACCUCAAAAUUGCUGAUUUUGGCAUUGCUUGUGAGGAGGCAUACCGUGAUGUAUUUACUGAUGACCCUGGCACAUUCCGUUGGAUGGCCCCUGAAAUGAUCAAACGUAAAUCCUAUGGGAGAAAGGUUGAUGUGUACAGUUUCGGGCUCAUCCUAUGGGAAAUGGUGACUGGGACAACACCAUAUGAGGAUAUGAAUCCCGUCCAGGCUGCGUAUGCUGUGGUAAACAAGAAUUUAAGACCUGUUAUUCCUUCAAACUGUCCACCUGCUAUGCGAGAGUUAAUUGAGCAAUGCUGGUCCUCACAUCCAGAUAAGAGGCCUGAGUUCUGGCAGAUUGUCAAGGUAUUAGAACAAUUUGAGUCUUCCUUUGCCCUUGAUGGAACUCUGAAACUCUUGCACAACCCUUGUUCCCAAGACCAUAAGAAAGGACUUCGUCAUUGGAUUCAAAAGCUUGGUCCUGUGCAUCAAAAUGGUGGCCCUGUGCCUAAACCGAAGUUCACUUAAAUCUUCACAGGGCUUGGCUUUUGUAGUACACCAGGUCUUUUGUAAUUAACAAUGAAAGUUUUUUUUUUUUUUUGAGCUUUUCUGAUUGUAGUCCUCUGUAUAACAUUCACAUGAGAGUAAAUUGAUUGGUAAGGUUGUGGAUUGAGGUGAAUCCAACUUCUAUUUAUACUGUGCAUUCGCCAA